AUGGACGAAACUCGAGAUCGGGUCUUCUGUUGGGUCACCUACACAGCAACGGCCUUCACGCUCAUCUCCAUCAUGGCCAUGUCCGUUAGCAUUCCGAUGGCCAAUAACUACGUCUCUUUUAUGAAGACGACCAUCGAACGAGACUUGGCAGAUUGCCAGGCGGGCGUAGUUCAGAAGUCCAUGGAACAAAUUCGACAAAUGACCCCGACUGGCGAUAAAAGGGGAGCGUUCCCUCGUUUGGUGGAUUCCGAAACAGGAGUGCCUCAUAAUUCUACCCUCGGAAAGAGAGAAAAGAGGCAGGCAGCCGUCUGUCCCGGAUGCUGUCUUCCCGGUGAACCUGGUAUUCAAGGCAGAGCUGGCAAAAACGGAAGACCAGGUAGACCAGGAGCAGAUGGAGCACCAGGAAUCCCAGGUCGUCCACCAAGGGUUUGCGAACAAAUUGCCCCAACUCCAUGCAAUCCAUGUCCACCUGGACCACCUGGACCACCAGGAAUCCCCGGAGAACCAGGUUUGUCAUGA